AUGGAGUCACCCACUAAGAUGGCUCUAGGAGGAAAAUUAUAUGCCGAAGCCAUGGCAGAGAAGAUCUUGCCCCCUGCCACGGAGGCAAUAUUGAUCGAGUUGUCUCCAGAGGAGGCGACGGAGGUCGGGUUUUCAACAAAGCCCAAUGUAGGGGAGGCUGGACAUCGGCCCACGGGUGAAGUCCCCUCGCUUUCUCUCGUUGAGGUGGAGGCCAAAUUGGCCCCAAAAGAAGAGGCCUUUCUGAUGAGGUUUGCUCUUGGGGGCUCAUCGUCUUGGGACCCGACGAGGUGGACAGACUGCGGGACUCGGCGUCGGUGCAAGCGUGUCUCGACAACCCCGCGUGCUAGCGAUGCCCGAUCCGUGGUUGGAGGAUCGGAAUCAGGCCAGCUUGUGGUCGAUAGGAAAAGGCAGAGGGGCGGACAGUUGCUGGGGACAACUGAUGAGCUGACCCGGCGGUUGGAGGCAUGUCGCAGUGCGCGACAAGCUCAUAGGUGUUGGCGUACAGAGCUAUGA